AAACAAGGGCAUUUCUGGAAAUUAGAAAACCAUUUUCCGUUUGUGCAUGUUUUUCUCCUCGUGUAGCUUCUCGGUGUUUCCACAUAGUCUCUCUCACUCUGUCUCAGACUCGCUCUGUCACUCAGAACCGAACAAUGGCGGUAUGGACAGCGGCGGCUCGGCAAGCCGCGAAUAUGGCUCGGCUCUCUUCUCCCAAGUCAGCUUGUACAGCUCAAGGGGCUUCUUUUGUCCAUCGGCGCGGUCUUGCCGGCGGUGGUGAUCAUCAUGGACCUCCAAAGGUGAACUUUUGGGAGGACCCAAUGCACCCAUUUAAAUGGAAGCAAGAACAUUUUGUGAUUGUCUCUUUAGCUGGAUGGGGGACACUCCUAUAUGGGGGUUAUAAGUUCUUUACCAAAGACAAAAAGGACCAGAAGGACGAGAAAGUUGGAGAACCAUCACACUAGCUUUUUGAGCUCCUGAAUAUAUGUACAAAUAAAUAAAUCGGUGUCCCGUCUUCAGAAUAUCUACAAUGAGCAUGAUCUUCCAUGAUACAAGACACCACAGUUUUUAGGCAGUUCCAGUUUGUACAUGACUCUUGUUUAACAUGACUGGAUUUAUACA